GGGGAUCAUUACUGUGAUAAAUAACAACAACUGGAGUUUUACGGAUAAACAAACGGAGGGAAACAGGCAAUAGUUAGCUCCGUUAGCCGUUAGCAGCUGCUGCUUUCAGAGACCGACUGGAGCUGCAGGCAAGAACCGGGAUAGGAGCGACAACCUGCGGCCUGCCCGGCUUAAGCAGCCCGGUGAACACCGGAGCUCCGCAGUGUCUCUGUGGAUGGAAGUGUCUGCGAUGGGACCAGAGCGAGUGUUUCCGAGCUCUGAGGAGGAGGUGGGGGAGGAGGAGCGUGCGGUGGGGGGUGCGGUGUGGAGCGGGGGGGAGGGUGAGGAGGAGGAGGAGGAGGGGGGAGGGGGCUACUACUACCAGCCUCUGAACCAGGAGCCCAGCGAGGCACCGGAGGACGAGGAGGAGGAGCGAGGAGACGCUGCCGAGCAGCUGCAGCAGGUGCAACAGCGCAUAGAGGUGAUGGGGCUCCACCUGCCCGAAGCUCCGCCUCCAGAUAGCGACGAGGAGGAGGACCCUGAGGGGGCGGCAGCCCAGAGGAGCCGUGCCUCCAUCCCCAUGGACGCAGACCACGUGGAGCUGGUGAAGAGGACGAUGGCAUCCGUGGCGCUGCCGUCUCUGGGCGUCCCCCCGUGGGCACGAGAGAUCUCAGACGACCAGUGGAAGGACAUGGUGCAGCACACGCUGCAGAGCCGGCAGAAUGCCACCGCCCUGCGGCUGCCGCGCCGCAGCAACAUCCCUGGACCCUGAAUGGACCACCGCCUCUUCAUUAAUGGACCUGAACGCACCACUACAGCCUAAACGGCAUCAUGUGACCCUGAACGCACCACCCUAACCACCAUCUCCGUAACAGACCUUGAAUGCGCCGAUGUGCUGAGGCCCCUGAAUGCAGCGCGGCCCCUUCAGGAGCAGUGACUGAAGCACCUGGAGGGUCACCUGACUCUUAUAGGGUUGAAUUUGUGUAAACAUCCAAUCAGAGCAGCUGAAACAGUCAUGUGACUGGUGGAGCUUCAUGCUUUGUAAAUAGAAUUAUAGAUAAAUAACUUAAUUUUGCUGCUUUAAAUCAGAACUCAGCUGUUAUUGAUCAGGUCUUUGUUCUGAUCAAUAACUUUUCUGAUUUGCUCAUUUUGUUUAUUAAAUAUUUACCGCCUUAAAUGGAUCAGACUAAUAGAAAAGUCCUUUUUCUGAUCAAGUCUUCUAUUAUCACUGACUUCAGCUUAUUAUUGAUUAACCUCCACAUGAUUUUCUCCAUCAAUCAAGUUGUUCAAAAAUAAAAUAAUCUGAUGAAUCGAUCAGCUGUUUCCUCAUAACUUGAUCGAUCAUCAGUUAUUAAAAUUGAA